AUGUCUAACCUUCAUCAAAUUGUUGUGUAUAAUGUUACUUCUCCAGCCUCGGAGGCAUCAUGUGGCUCCACGUUAUCUGGCGAGGCAGGAGAUUUCACGUCACCAAAUUUCCCAGAGAAAUACGACAACAACCUGUUCUGUGAAUGGACCAUUCGGGUCAACAGGUCCAAGUCUAUAGUUCUCGGAUUCGACUGGUUUGACGUGGAAGCACACCCACAGUGUGAUUAUGACUUCGUUCAGGUCUACGAGGGAAAUUCGAAAUACAAUCGACAGUUAGGAAAAGGAAAGUUUUGCGGAAGUGCGAAAACAGACGCCAACUACCCAGACAAACGUAUCACUUCUGGGCUCAACAUCGUCAAAGUGCAGUUCCAAAGUGACGCUUGGCUGACAUUUACUGGAUUCAAGGCUACAUUCGUCGCCGUUGACAAAGUUGAUCCCUGUUCCCUUGGUGAAUUCCGUCUGUGGCAACCAUGGCAACGGUUUCGCUGUGAUGAUUGGUCAAAAUGUUUACCUUUCGUGAAACGUUGUAACGGGCGGGAAGAUUGCUUCGAUGGCAGUGACGAAGAGCAUUGUGAGUGCCAUACGAUACCAGAGGAACUAGGAUUUUGCAAAGGACACAUCUCCUACUCUAAGAUGUCUAUGCCGAACCUUGUAGGACACACGAACUCCUCAGAGAUUGUCACUUCCCGUGUCUUCACAACCGCACAAGACGUCUGGAGAAGCCAAGGACGUCUUUCUUGGAGAAACCAAGAUGUCUGCUCCCAUCCUGAAGUCGUCACUUUUCACUGUGCGCUUCUGGCUCCGAAGUGUAGCAGAAACAGGAUGAUCCCGAUGUGCUAUUCCUGGUGGCGGGAAGUCAUGUGGGACUGCUGGUUUGUCAGCGAUUUCUAUUACGUCAACCCUCUGCCAUGGACGGACUGUUACUACCCACAGCAGAAAGAAGAUUGCUUCAACGGCUGGGGAGAGAACUACAGAGGCAGCCGGAAUAGAACGGUUACAGGAGGGACAUGCAUGAAUUGGAGAGAAGUUGGAGUAUACGUAAUCUCAGGUACUUCGUCAUGUGGCUCCACCCUAACUGGAGACGAGGGGACUUUUAGUUCACCGAACUAUCCAGAAAGCUAUGACAGCAACCUUUGGUGCAACUGGACCAUCGUCGUGAACGCCUCCAUGUCCAUAACCGUGACAUUCGACAAUUUCGAUCUUGAAUUUCAACAAGACUGUGACUAUGACUAUGUCCUGUUGUAUGAGGGAAGUCCCAGAAGCAAUCGUGUUCUAGGAGGAGGAAAGUUUUGUGGUAGUACUUCUGCCCAAGGUACGUAUCCGAAGGAUCGAAUUACGUCCAAGCUGAACAUAGUGACGGUAGUUUUUCACACUGACGCAUGGAUCACGUCAUCCGGAUUUAACGCCACCUUCGUCGCCACGUACAAAGGAGACCCCUGUCUGGAAGGGGAUUUCGCGUUGUGGAAAGAACAUCAAAGAUUCCGCUGCGCAGACUGGUCCGGAUGUUUACCCUUUAAGAGCCGCUGUGACGGACUGGAAAACUGCUUUGAUGGAAGUGACGAAAGAGGAUGCGAAUGCCAGGAGAUACCACAACAGUUGGGUUUCUGCAAAGGAAGCAUCACCUAUGACGAGAUGUCUCUACCCAACUUGCUGGGACACGCUGAUGUCUCAGCUGUUGUAAUGUCGGUGGCGUUCAACACCACCCUCGAGCUAAGUCAGUACCGAGCGGGAUGCUUUCAUCCUGAGCUCAUAGCUUUCCACUGCGCAAUUCUCGCUCCAAAGUGUGUCAAUCAAAGGAUGGUUCCGAUGUGUUACUCCUGGUGGCGCGAAGUCAUGUGGGAUUGCUGGAUAACGGACGACAUCUAUGACGUCAACCCGUUGCCAUGGCACGACUGUUAUUACCCGCCACAAACUGAAGAUAGCUAUAACGGAUGGGGAGAAAACUACAGAGGCUUGCGCAAAAGAACUGCAAAAAGGGAAGUCUGUCUCGAUUGGAAGGAAAUUAAAAACAUGGCACAAGACGACAUAAACAAGUGGAACUUGGACGACAACUUCUGCAGAAACCCUGCACGACAGUACAGUGAGCCCUGGUGUUAUGUACUGGAUCGUCACAACAUGCCGAGGCCGAGCUUGUGUGGUGUGCCGGCUUGUGGCAGAAACAAAUGGUCCGAGUAUUCUGCCUGUGAAGACGCCCUGACCAACAGCACAUUGUCCUUCAGUGCUGCAACAUCCCGAAGCCGGAAAUGCAGAUGGACGAUAUCGGUUGAGCCACACAUGAAGAUAAACCUGACAUUCACUCACUUCUCAAUAAGUGGGGAGCGGUGGCGGCGUGACUGUCCGUACGAUCAUGUAGAGGUUUUCGAUGGAGACCACCCAGACGGACUUCACAAAUUCAGGGGUAAAUACUGCGGACAUGACCAGCCCGUGUCCAUCAUAACUGAAAGUUAUAAGCUAACGGCUCUAUUCACAAGCGAAGGAUUCGGAGAACUUUUGAUCACUGAUUUUAACGCGACUUUCUCAACAAUACCAAGAGAGUCUGUGGCCUGUGACACAGCAGCGUGGCCAUGCGGUGACAAGGCGAAGUGCAUCUGGCUGUACCAGAAAUGUGAUGGGAAUAUUGACUGCUGGGACCGAAGUGACGAGGAAGACUGUGCUUGUGAAGCGAUACCAUCAGUGUUGGACGAGAGGAGAGUUUGCCCGCGCUCAUUCAGGACGGCGUUCCCAAACUUUCUACAGCAUCGAAACGCUACGGAACUAGAGGAGGCUGAAAACCUGGCCGACGCGAGCGAACUCACAGGAAGUUCCUGUCAUCCACAGAUUCGUGAGUUCACGUGCUGCAACCUUCUCCCGGAGUGUUCUUCCGACCAACGCGUUCGCCAUCCGUGCCGAUCGUGGUGCGCUGAGAUCCGUGCAACCUGUGUGGAUGAAGAACUGCUGAGGAUCAUUCCUCCCUGUAAAGACUUUCCAGACGACAACUGUGUCUAUGGAGGGGUUUCCGACGAAUGCUACCAUGGAAAUGGCCGAAACUACAGAGGAAAGAAGAACACAACAGUAUCAGAGAAAGUGUGCAUGGACUGGCAGCUAAGCGCUUAUACCGGGGAGAGGUACAAGUGGCUGAAUCUAGAAGAGAACUACUGCCGUAACCCGGACGGUGCCCUGAGACCAUGGUGCUAUACGGACAAGGCCAGGAACUGGGAGUACUGCGACCUUAUCCCGUGUACAAAUAGGGUCAUUUUCUGCAGUGACCGGGUACGCUCCAGAAGUGUUCGUGUAAACCCCAUACGACCCCGGUACUGGCCAGGAGAGACUGUGACGUACACGUGUGAGACAGGGUACACACUGCGCGGGGAGUCCAUGGCCAAGUGCACAGAUGGAGCCUGGGACGUGGACCUACCAGAGUGUAUAGAGGACAAACGUACUCAGCUGCUGCUGGACAAGUUCAACAGGUCUGUUUACAGUGCUGACCUGCCCCCUACCGACAAUGGCGUGUACAUCACCAUAGCUGGAACUAUCAACGCCGUCAUCAGCCUGGAUGAAUCGGUCCCCUCCAUACUAACUGACGUCAGUAUUGAACUGCACUGGUAUGACCCCAGAUUAUCAUGGACUCCGUCCUCAUACGAUGAUCUGUCGACUAUCACUUUGAACCACGUUAAAGUCUGGACACCACAUAUGUCACUGGCAGGAAGCGCAGAUAAAGGCUUUGCUGGACUCCCAGAGGUAGACGUGACUGUCAAUCAUGAUGGAGAGAUCAUCUGGGCCUUUGAAACGCUGCUAGAGACACAAUGCAACUUGAACCACUUUCUCUUCCCGUUCGACAACAUGACGUGCCCGGUGUGCCUGCACGUGCGGAACACGUCUGGCGAGGUGCUCCAGUGUCCAACACGGCACCUGAAGAAACAAUUCGACGUCCUGGACUGUGAGAGCGUGUUGCCGUCAGUAGCAGGAGAGUGGUAUGCAACAUACAGCAUGGCGGUGGACAGCGAUAAGGGUUGUCUCGACCUCUACCUUGAGAGAAGUCCCGUCCAGCACAUGUGUACGACUGUGGCACCAGGGGUUCUCCUCUCUCUGCUGUUUUGUAUCAUCUUCUUCAUCCCCAUUGACAAUGGUGACAGACUGUCCUUCGGCAUGGCGAUACUCCUCUCCAUGUUCGUCACCUUACUGGUCAUCUCAGACUUCUUACCGAGGUCCAGAGAGAUCCCAUUCUUCGGUAUUUUGAACAUUGUGGCGAUCGUGUUGAUGGGUUUCUUCAUGCUGGUCACAACGGUCCUCAUCAACCUUCACACGAGAGAGGAGGACAUGCCCACCUGGAUGAAGAGUUUCUUCCUACGGGGAUGUUCCCGCCUUCUUCUACUUGGAGAUCUCACCAAGGAGUCUGAGACUGAUACUGGAAAACUAGAGGAGAAGGCCAACGUCAUGUACGAAAACCCCUCCAUCGAAAGCGACCUCGAAGCAGACGACCUGUUGGACAACGAGAGAAAGUCCUCUACAGUGCAAGGUAUUGCUAAGAAAAUGUCGAAGACAGUCGAUGCACUGACCACAAGCAUCUUACUCCUCAAGGACAUGAUAAAAGAGGAGCCAGACAAACGGAGUGAAUGGAUGAUGCUCACCUAUGUACUUGAUAGGAUCUGCUUUGUUCUGUAUGUCAGUGGAAUGAUUCUGAUACCCAUUGCCUUCUUGAUGUGAGGCCUCUGGUAUAGGUGGUAUCUCACUGCACUUAGAGCACCGGUGCGGCACUGCAGGGUUCGUUUACAGCGGCACUGUAGUGUAAUUUUCGCCGAUUUUUUUUAUAAUUUAGAUAUUAUGUAAUACUUAAAAGUAUGACUUAGAAGACACCAAAAUACACAAAACGUAAGAAAAUCCAUUUUCAUGUCUGAAAUUCGAGUAAUCUUCGAACCCCGCAGUGCCGCACCGGUGCCCCAAGUUCAGUGAGAUAUUAUUAGACAGGAGUACGGCACGCAUGGCUGUGUCUUACUUCUUAACAAACAGCUGACAUUACAUCAUUAGAAUAAUCGUGCAUGAAAUAAACACAAGAUCACGAUACGCAUCCAUAUCUAGCAAUGCAUGCGUAAACAAGAUAUUACAUAAACGGCAUAACCAAGGUCAAAAUCAUGCAGCAAAAAGAUGUUAGUUCUAAGUAAACUAUCAUAUAUCAUAAAUCAUAAAUAGUGGUGCAGACGUCCAUUCUCUGUGGACUAUAUAUACGUUGGCAUUUGAUAUAUAUCUUUAUAAGAAUUGUGUAUUUAUAUACACCUAGGAUCAAUAACUUAGAGGAAAUUUGAACUUUGCCAUCAGAAAAAUUAGGAAAACAAUAUGUGCAGUAAGAUGAAACAAGCAGAUUAAUUAUGUAACUAUGAUAUCCCUUUCACUACGUAAUGCAAGAAUAUGAAUAUUGUAUCAACGUAUUUCUAAAACAUAAACCAGUCAAACUGUUAUACGUUAUGACACUUUUUAUUGUAAAGCAUCGGCAUUGACAAACGAUACGACAGUUACGACUAGCAAACUGCUCAACUUCAAAGUAGGACAAAACUGUAUAGUUCACGACACUUCGUCAGCGGACAGAAGUAAGAAGUUUUCUUUAAAAAAUGAAGACAUUUUGUCACCAGCCUAGGUAGAAUCAGUUUCCUUGAAACAUCUUGACUUGGAAGAAAUCUUCCUGUGUGUUUAAUCUUGGUAUGAUCUUAAAGUUAAAGCAGAGAGUACAAAGACAAAGACAGUAUGAGUACACCAUCUUUAAGGUUUCCGUGUACUUCUUUAUCUAUGGCAUCAAAUCUUUUCUUUGGUUUUGAAAAAGAUGAUAGACAAAUCCAACAUAUCCUGUACACACAUUACAGCUUUACUCACUUGGAUAACUACACAAUAAACAUUUACACGUAUUGUGGGCAGAAAAUAAUGAAUAAAAAUAUAUCAGAAAUUGAAAUAUGUCACCACAGGUGACACAAUGUUGCAGGUUGCAUUACCUCUCGCGUUUUUACAUACGUUUAAUAUGUUAUGGCCAGUCAACGUAUGUAUUUGGCAUCUAAAACGCGCUGAAAUGUAGUUGAUGAAA